UUAUACACUGCUUACACAUGUAUGCUCUCUGCUACCAACUGUCGGCAAAAAAGGGGAGAGCCUGGCCGGAGUCAUCAGGGACGGCACAGACCUCGCGGCCGCGGACGGCGGCAGCGGCGAUGGGAAGCCCGCUGGGCGGCUGGCCGAGCCACAACCCGCAGAACUUCAGCCAGCUCGUCCCGGCCGACCCCUCCGCCCAGCCCACGAAUGUCACACCAACAACUUACAUUGCAGCACAUAGGACAGAUCCACCUGCAAAUCAAGUGAUCACGACAGAGCCCAGGAACAUCCUGUUGAGGCAUUUCUACCAGAACUCGGAGAACAAGCCGAGGCCGAAGAGGGCCGCACCGGAGAGUGCCGCCCUGCGCAACGGCAAGCAGGCGAGGAGCCCCGCGGAUGGCGGAAGCCAGUCGAGCACGAGAAGCUAAACCAGGGCUGGUGUUCUUGUCUUGCGCCGCCACCGCGGCAUCUCUGAAUCUUUGCUGGUGAUGGUCGGUCGGUCGGUUAUACAACUCCUCAUUUGUUUGAUUUUGAGAAAGGUGUUUGCACGCGUGUACGCAUGCACUGCACGUACAUGUUGGCCAGGCCUAGUGCGGGUGACACCGGCAUGGCACCACUCCAGUCUCUUUCUCCUUUGUGUAGAUAAUAAUGUGGCCUGGCCGCACCAGCACACCAACUUGUACUACUACUACUGUAGUAGCGCUUUUGUAUAUUUGGAUGGAUGGUUUCCCUCUUUUGGCGAAUGAAUAAUUGAUGUGAUGUGAUUAA